AUGCGGCGCGGAGCGGGACCGGGGCCGCGGCGGCGAUGGCUGCUGCUGGCGGCCCUGCUGGGGGCUCUGUGCUGCGCCGCGGCGGCGGGCGGCGGGCGGCGGCGGGCGGCCAGCCUGGGCGAGAUGCUGCGGGAGGUGGAGGCGCUCAUGGAGGACACGCAGCACAAGCUGCGCAACGCGGUGCAGGAGAUGGAAGCUGAAGAGGAAGGGGCAAAAAAACUGUCAGAAGUAAAUUUUGAAAACUUACCUCCCAACUACCAUAAUGAGUCCAACACGGAAACCAAAAUUGGUAAUAAAACGGUUCAGACUCAUCAGGAAAUUGAUAAGGUUACAGAUAACAAAACUGGAUCGACAGUUUUUUCUGAGACAGUUAUUACAUCUAUAAAAGAUGGAGAAAACAAAAGAAACCAUGAGUGUAUCAUUGACGAAGACUGUGAAACAGGGAAAUACUGCCAAUUCUCCACCUUUGAAUACAAGUGCCAGCUCUGUAAAACCCAGCAUACACAUUGCUCACGGGAUGUUGAAUGCUGCGGAGACCAGCUUUGUGUUUGGGGUGAGUGCAGGAAAUCCACUUCAAAAGGAGAAAACGGCACCAUUUGUGAGAACCAACACGACUGCAACCCUGGAAUGUGCUGUGCUUUUCAGAAAGAACUACUGUUUCCUGUGUGCACUCCACUGCCCGAAGAAGGUGAACCCUGCCACGAUCCUUCAAACAGGCUUCUCAACCUGAUCACCUGGGAACUGGAACCUGAUGGAGUACUUGAGCGAUGCCCAUGCGCAAGUGGCUUGAUCUGCCAGCCUCAGAGCCACAGCACUACAUCCGUAUGUGAACUGUCUGCCAAUGAAACCAGGAAUAACGAAAAAGAAGAUCCCUUAAUCAUGGAUGAGAUGCCAUUUCUCAGCUUGAUACCCAGAGAUAUUCUUUCCGAUUACGAAGAAAGCAGUGUCAUUCAGGAAGUGCGUAAAGAAUUAGAAAGUCUGGAGGACCAAGCAGGUUUGAAGCCUGAGCCUGACUCAGCUCACGACCUGUUUUUGGGAGAUGAAAUUUAAAGUCCAAACACCAGACAGUUUAGUUAGUAAUUUUUAGAAAUGUGUCUAGUGUCUUGCUUAUAAAAACCCUAAACACAUACUGCUGGAUAGAAGUGCAAUAAACAAGGUCUUCAAUGAG